UCCGCUGUUAAACACAAGAAGAAAUAGCGGAAGUGACUUCCUGCUAGCAGCAGAAUCUGUAAAACAAAUAUCGUUCAAUGUCAAGUGUAUUUUUUUCAAGUUGGUUUGAAAGUUCUUGUAUGUUUUAAACACAUCGUACAAACUACAUCGCUUCUCAUAGCUUUAAAAUGGCUUUCCUCCCGGGAGCAACAGAAGCUCCAGAUGUUAUCUUAGCUUGUUAGCUGGAACCAGAACUUCACAGUGAGAAACAGCGAAACAGACACUUUGGAGAACAUACUGGAUUUCUGAUGGGAGUUUAAGGGGAGCCAAAUUUCUGCUGUGGUGUUGUGGAAACAUCAGGUGUCCAAAGCGUUGGAGAGAAGACAACUAACAGAGAUGGAGGAACGGACACACAGUGAGCAGAUUAGCUGUCAGUUUGAAGAAUCUGCUUACCACUGGAGAGCUGCAUGAGGGAAAGGAAUGAUGUCGCCUUCGGUGUAAAACUAUCUUUGGACAUCCAGCAGUCGUGGGCGAUGAAAGAAGAGCUUCCUGCUGAGGAGCAAAACUGGUGUCCCACACUGGACCAGGAGGACCAGAAAUGCCCAAAGAUUAAAGAGGAAGAGGAAGAGACUAAGAUUAUAGAGUUCAUAUUCAAUCCAGACCCUGUGAAGGGUGAAGAUGAGGAAGAGAAACCUCAGCAUUCAGAGCUUCAUCACAGUCAGACUAAGGAGAACAGAACCUCUACAGAACCAGAAACAGAUGAAUGUUUAGAGUCGGAUGAUGGAGACAAAACUUCAGAUUCUUCAGAAACGGAUGUCAGUGAUGGAAACUGGGAGGAGAGCUAUGGAGCCAGGUCAGGACUGGACCCUGUCACAAACACAUUUUCUGUCAGUCAUAAGUCAUAUGAAGCAGGCAAGAAGUUACACAGCUGCACUGAAUGCAGUAAAACAUUUACCCAAAGGUCGGAUCUCUUGAGACACAACAGAGUCCACACAGGAGAGAAGCCUUUUAGCUGCUCCAUCUGUAACGCAGCUUUUUCUUGGAAGCACGUCUUAGCGCAACACAUGAGAACGCACAGUGGAGAAAAACCCUUCAGCUGCUCCAUCUGUGGUCAACGGUUCAGAAGGAAGAUACACGUAACCUCUCACAUGAGAAGUCAUACUACAGAAAAACCUUUCACCUGCUCCAUUUGUGGACAAAAGUUCAGCCGGAGGGAAAGUGUGACGAGGCACAUGAGACGGCACACUGAAGAAAAACCUUUCAGCUGUUCUAUUUGUGGGCAAGAGUUCGGCAGGAAGGAAAGUCUAACCUAUCACAUGACACAUCACACUGAAGAAAAACCAUACAACUGCUCGGUGUGUAACAAAGCUUUUACUUUGAAAGUAACUUUGAUGGAACACACAAGAAUCCAUUCAGAGGAAAGACCGUUCAGCUGUUCUGUCUGUGGUGCAGCUUUUAAAAGGAAACAUACUUUAGCAGAACACACAAAAACCCACACUGGAGAGAGGCCUUACAGCUGCUCCAUCUGUGGACGGAGCUUCGUUCAACUUAUUAGUCUGACUCGUCACAUGAGGGGUCACACAGGAGAAAAACCUUACAGCUGCUCCGUCUGCAACAAGACGUUCAAAUGGAAACAAACUUUUCUGAAACACACAAAAAUCCAUGCAGGUGAAUAAUCUUCAUCCUGCACACAGACUCUGGUCGGAGAUCCAGCAGGGUUAGACAAGGUCAGGUGAUCAGUGGCAGCUGCUGGGAGCUAAGUUAAUUAUGUGCUGCAGCAAAACUAUGACAUUGUUAGAUUACAUGACUGGAUAUUUGCAGGUCUUAAGAUGAAAUGAAUAUGAUAAGUAUUAUUUACAUUUAAUUGGUAGAUUGCCUAUAAAUGACUGAAAUAUCUAGAUAAUUUGGUAAUAUAUAUAUACAUUUACAGAAUGCAUUUGAGUUAUAUUUAUAUAAUUUAUGUAAACAUUUUCAGUAGUUUAUUUAUGUAUAAAUUGUGGUAUUUUUAGUCCUCAGUACGGAACUGGCUGUCAGAAAAUGUUUGUGACAUUAAAACAAAAUGUCUAGAAUCUUUGAACAAAUGUUUCUGUUUGCUCAUUUUG